AUGAAGUCCUUAAUAGACCAACUUUACUUGCUUCCUGAUUUACAAAGUCCUGAAAGAGGAACAUGGCUUGGUAUAAACCGUUCAGGAAGAUUUGCUGUAAUUACGAAUUAUCGAGAUCCUAAUUGUGAUCCUUCUAAACAUUUUUUAUCUCGAGGAAUUAUUACAAAAGAAAUAUUAAAAUCCGACCUUACAAUUGAACAACAAUUAAAUUUAAUUAAGGAAAAUGCACAUAAAUAUGGUGGUUUCAACUUGAUAUGUUCAGAUUUAAAUUUAGAACAUCCUAAAAUAUUUUAUUUAUCUAAUAAAAAACUAGAAAUUGAUAUUCAACAAAUACCUCCUAAAGAAUUUUAUGGAUUAUCAAAUUCUUUGUUGGAAGAUCCUUGGCCCAAAGUGAAAAUAGGAGUAUCUAAAUUCAAAUCAAUAGUUAAAGGAGUUGAUUUAAGUGAGGAAGAAUUUAUUGACAGAUUAUUAAAAAUGCUCAGCAUUACUGUACCUCUUGGACCAGAACUAUUAACAGAUGAAACAAUAAAUGUACCAAUACAUGAUUCAAAAGGUUCACCUUAUGCUACUAGAACUAAUACUAUAGUUCUAGUUGACUAUAAUAAUAAUGUAGUAUUUGUAGAGAAAACUUUAGCUCAUGAAAAUUUUUCAAUUGAAAAAUGUCAUCAAUUUAAGUUUAAAUUUGGUGAAUUGAAUGAGGAUAUUGUAAUACCAAUUUAA